CUCCUCCUCUCCUCCCCUCCCUCCACACUAAGUUCGAUGCGAUCGGCUCUGGGCCCUGCCGUGAGUUCUCGGUGCGGGCGACAGCGCUGCUGAACAUGGCGUCAGACGGGAUGAUUUUAACGAACCACGACCACCAAAUCCGGGUCGGAGUCCUGACAGUGAGUGACAGCUGUUUUCGAAACCUCGCAGAGGACCGCAGUGGCGUCAACCUCAAAGAUCUCGUCCAUGACCCCUCCCUGUUGGGGGGUAUGAUCUCGGCCUACAAGAUAGUGCCGGAUGAGAUCGACGAGAUCAAGGAGACUCUGGUAGACUGGUGUGAUGAAAAGGAACUUAACCUCAUCCUAACCACCGGAGGCACCGGCUUCGCCCCGAGAGACGUCACACCAGAGGCCACUAAGGAGGUGAUAGAGCGCGAGGCUCCGGGGAUGUCUCUCGCGAUGCUGAUGGGAUCUCUCAACGUCACGCCGCUAGGCAUGCUCUCCAGACCUGUGUGUGGUAUCAGAGGGAAGACGCUCAUCAUUAACUUACCAGGAAGCAAGAAAGGCUCCCAGGAGUGCUUCCAGUUCAUCCUGCCAGCGCUGCCGCACGCCAUCGACCUCCUGCGGGACGCGGUGGUGAAGGUAAAGGAGGCGGCGGACGAGCUGGAGGACCUGCCGUCGCCACCGCCGCCGCUCUCGCCGCCGCCCAACAGUUCGCCGCACCGCCAGACGGAGGACAAGGGCGUGCAGUGCGAGGAGGAGGACGAGGAGAAGAAGGACAGCGGCGUGGCGUCCACCGAGGACAGCUCCUCCUCCCACAUCACCGCCGCAUCCAUCGCCGCUAAGAUCCCAGACUCCAUUAUUUCGCGGGGUGUGCAGGUGUUGCCCAGGGAUACAGCCUCUCUCAGCACCACGCCCUCGGAGUCGCCCCGCGCCCAGGCCACCUCCCGCCUCUCUACCGCUUCCUGUCCCACACCCAAAGCGCGGCUCCCCUCCUGUUCAUCCACCCUAAGCAUUGCUGAGGCCUCACGGAGAGAAUUCAGGGCUCACCUGGAUGAGGUCAUCACGCUCAAGUCAAGGUACUCUACCUUGGACCAGCUCCAGUGUAGGUUGGAGGGGCUUAAAGAUGAUCGCAGGAGGACCUUCAGCUCUCGAGUGCAGUCACGAUGCAGCAGCAAAGAAAAUAUCCUAAGAUCAAGUCACAGUGCAGUGGACAUCACCAAGGUGGCCCGGAGGCACCGCAUGUCCCCUUUCCCCCUCACCUCCAUGGACAAAGCCUUCAUCACUGUGCUGGAGAUGACCGCCGUCCUGGGUACUGAGAUCAUCAACUACAGAGAUGGGAUGGGUCGAGUCCUGGCUCAGGACGUUUAUGCCAAAGACAACCUGCCACCCUUCCCUGCUUCUGUCAAGGAUGGUUAUGCUGUGAGAGCGGCUGACGGCCCAGGCGACCGCUUCAUCAUCGGAGAGUCCCAAGCUGGAGAGCAGCCCACCCACACAGUGAUGCCUGGCCAAGUGAUGAGGGUGACGACGGGUGCCCCUAUACCAUGCGGAGCCGACGCUGUAGUUCAGGUGGAAGACACCGAGCUGCUGCGCGAGUCUGAAGACGGCACAGAGGAGCUUGAAGUACGAAUCCUAGUACAGGCUCGUCCGGGGCAGGACAUCAGGCCUAUCGGUCAUGACAUUAAGCGCGGGGAGUGUGUGCUUGCAAAGGGCACCCACAUGGGCCCAUCUGAGAUCGGUCUCCUGGCCACUGUGGGAGUCACAGAGGUAGAGGUCCAGAAAUUCCCCGUGGUUGCUGUCAUGUCAACAGGAAAUGAGCUGCUGAACCCAGAAGACGACCUCCAUCCUGGGAAGAUCAGGGACAGCAAUCGCUCCACCCUGCUGGCUACUAUCCAGGAGCACGGUUACCCUACUAUCAAUCUGGGCAUCGUGGGAGACAACCCCGAUGACCUUCUCAACGCUCUGAAUGAAGGCAUCAGCCGUGCUGAUGUCAUCAUCACCUCAGGAGGAGUGUCCAUGGGAGAGAAGGACUACCUUAAGCAGGUGCUGGAUAUUGAUCUUCAUGCUCAGAUCCAUUUCGGUCGUGUAUUUAUGAAACCAGGUCUCCCAACAACAUUUGCCACCUUGGACAUGGACGGUGCUCGCAAACUUAUCUUUGCCCUCCCAGGUAGAAACCCCGUGUCCGCUGUUGUCACCUGUAAUCUUUUUGUCAUCCCUGCCUUGAGGAAGAUGCAGGGCAUUUUGGACCCUAGGCCUACCAUCAUUAAAGCGAGGUUGUCUUGUGAUGUGAAAUUGGACCCUCGCCCUGAAUACCAUCGCUGCAUUCUGACAUGGCAUCACCAGGAGCCUCUGCCGUGGGCACAGAGCACAGGGAACCAGGUGAGCAGCAGGCUGAUGAGCAUGCGCAGUGCCAACGGGCUCCUGAUGCUACCUCCGAAAACAGAGCAAUACGUGGAGCUGCACAAGGGCGAGGUGGUUGACGUCAUGGUCAUCGGCCGGCUAUGAUGUCACCACGGAGGGAUGGAGCGUCGGCGUCAUAUAGCGAGGGUUGGAAUGGGUGGUUCACGGUGCAUGUCCACAUAUCAUUGACUAUUCUGUAAUAUGCAACGGCACAGCUAGUUUUUAUUGAUUUGGAUAACGUUGAGGUAUAGUCAACAUCUUGAUCACAACCUAGAUACAUAUGAAAAAAUUAAUUUAAAA